GCAGCAUUGUGGAGCGACUGCAGGAUUAAGUUUGCUUCAAAAAUGGGAGAAAUCAAGGUGAAUAAUUUCAGCCUCGAAGAUUUCUUCAGCGGAGAUUUUGAUAGUUACAAUUAUAGCUCUGACAUGCCCCCUAUUCUACUUGAUGCUGCCCCAUGCCACCCAGAGAGCCUAGAGAUCAACAGAUAUGCUGUGGUUAUAAUAUACGUCUUGGUAACCCUGCUGAGCCUUCUGGGAAAUUCUCUGGUGAUGCUAGUCAUCUUAUACAACCGGAGAACCUGCUCUGUCACUGAUGUCUACCUGCUGAACCUAGCCAUUGCCGACCUUUUCUUUGCCCUGACCUUGCCUGUUUGGGCUGCGUCUAAGGUAAUGGGAUGGAUUUUUGGCUCAUCCCUGUGCAAGAUAUUCUCAUUCCUGAAGGAAGUUACCUUCUACAGCAGUGUUCUGCUGCUGGCCUGCAUCAGCAUGGACCGAUACCUGGCCAUCGUCCACGCCACAAGUACAAUAAUCCAGAAGAGACAUUUGGUCAAGUUUGUGUGCCUAACCAUGUGGAUACUGUCAGUAUUUGUGUCCCUGCCCUACUUAAUUCUACGUAAUACUGUUAGGGCAAACUCUUUUAUCCUAGUCUGCUAUGAAGAUGUAGGUAAUAACACAACCAAUGUGAGGGUGGUUUUGCGCUUCCUGCCUCAGACCAUCGGUUUCCUCCUGCCACUGCUGAUCAUGCUGUUCUGCUACGGGUUCACACUGCGCACGCUCUUUAAGGCCCGAAUGGGGCAGAAGCACCACCGGGCCAUGCGAGUCAUCUUCGCGGUUGUGCUCGUCUUUCUGCUCUGCUGGCUGCCCUACAACCUGGUCCUUUUCAUAGACACCCUCAUGAGAACCAAAAAGAUCACGGAGACCUGUGAGCGCCGAAAUGAGAUUGACAGGGCCUUGGAUGCUACUGAGAUUCUUGGCUUCCUCCACAGCUGCCUUAACCCCAUCAUUUAUGCCUUUAUUGGCCAGAAAUUUCGCCAUGGACUCCUCAAGAUCAUGGCUACUUAUGGCCUUGUCAGCAAGGAGUUCUUAGCCAAGGAAAGGCCUUCUUUUGUUGGUUCUUCUUCGGGGAACACCUCCACGACCCUCUAAGACUGUUCACCUCAACUGCGGCCCCUCAGGGUUCCUUCUUCUCCUUCAGCAUGACUCAUGCCCUCGAACUGUGGUAAUUGAAUUGAUGCAUGCCCCCCCACUACCACCACAGUUACAGGGAGACAGAGGCCACAUUCUUACCAGAGCCCCUACUGCAGAUUUUAGAACCUUUUCUCUGGCUGUUAAUUCUCUUCCACAUUGGUAUGCCUACUGAGUUGGUCCAUCCUAACACCAGACCCCAAACACUCUUUUCCAAGAAGCACAAAUUAAAAUUACAGUGAGACACUGCCUCCUAACAAGUCAGUAAAAGGAAGGGGUGGAGGAGAGAAAAUAGCAAGUGUCAUCGAGGAAGUAGAGAAAAGGAACUUUUCACCUUACUGGUAGACGUGUACCAAAGCAGCCCAUGCACAGAGAGACAUAGCAUAGCAGUUUUCCUUAAAGCAUUAAAUAUAGAAUUACCACACAAUCCAGCAAGUGCAACUUUAAGUGAGGGUGCCAAAAAGAACUAAAAGCAAGAGCUCAGACAUUUGCCUGCCAAGGCUCACAGCAGCAUUACCCAGA